GUUUGUUUGACGAGACAUAGAGACACUUCCAAGAUGGCACCGAUUCCCAUCACCAUCAUCACCGGCUUCCUCGGCUCCGGAAAGACAACCCUCAUCCUCAACCUCAUCCCCCAACUCCGCGCCCAGAACCCAGACUACAAGCUUGCCCUCCUCAAGAACGAGUUUGGCGACCUCGCCGUCGACUCUCAGCUCGCCGCAAACUCUGCCAUCUCGGGUGUCCAGGAGCUCCUCAACGGGUGCAUCUGCUGUAACCUCGUCGGACAGCUGGGCCCUGCGCUCAAGGAGCUCGAGGAGAGCGUUCGUCCCGAUCGCAUCGUUAUUGAGACGAGCGGUUCUGCGUUUCCGGCUACGCUUGCUCUCGAGGUUAACAGGCUUGCUCGCGACUCGGGCAAGUAUGUUCUUGAUGGUGUCAUCAGUGUUAUUGAUGUCGAGAACUGGCAGGGUUAUGAGGAUACAAGCUACACGGCCCGCAUCCAGGCGCGAUACACGGAUCUGAUCGUCUUCAACAAGUGGGAGAAUGCCGGCGAACUGCGAUACGAUGAGUGCCUCGACCGAGUCGGCGACCUCGAGGUGGAUGUGGCCAAAGUCAAGAGCGACAAGGGUUGUGUGGCUAUGGAUCUAGUCUUUGGUGUCGAUGGAGGUCUUGCACAGGAGUUGACCGAGGCAGAGGUCAACCAGACCAACGGCCACAGCCACAACCACUCCAACGGUGACAAGACCAACGGACACUCUCACACCCACCAGAACGAAGUCGAAGUUCUCUCUAUCGAGCUCAAGGCCGAAGACCCCUCAGCACGCAUCUCCACCGACAAGCUCAUCACCUUCCUCUCCGCGGCGCCCAAGGAUGAGGCCUACCGCAUCAAGGCCCUCGUGUCACUCUCCUCAACCCCCACAAACUCAGACCCGGAUAUCCCCAAGCCCGAGGAUAGCGCUUCGGGGAGGUACAUCCUCAAUUGGGCUUUUGGCCGCUGGACUUUCACACCUGUCGCUGAGGCGCUUCAGGAGCACGACUCGAGCAGCGAUGUCACGCUGCGCAUGACCAUGAUCCUCGCUCGAUAUGAGAGCGGCAAGUGGAAGAAGAAGCUGGAGACUGGCAACUUUAUCCAGCUUGAGGGAGGUGACGCCAGUGGUUUGACCGUUAGGAGAAUACUAUAGAGAAUAGAAGAUAGAUGUUGGUGGUGUAGACUAGAUGAGAUGAAGCAGAGGAUAUCACGAAGACAUGAAAAAAAGUUGGGAUGAAUUGGAUAGAGUAUAGACUCUCUGGUUUUGAAUGAAAAGAACGCUUGCUACCUAGAUAAGAUGGAAUACAGGACGCCACACGCUACCUACUGAAUACAACAAGAUCCACAACCACCAUCACAUAAAACGUACAUAGCCCUCCCAAUCUACAUGAACAGUCUAUAUCCAGCCCGGUCCCGGAUUAACAGGGCUGGCAAAUGCCCCGUCAUACUCAUCCAAGCUCAACUCUCUCUGCAUGAAACCUUGCACCUCUGGAGUCGUCACCUUGGUCUGCUUCCGUCGUCCGGCGUCAAAGUUGCCCUCGUCAAAGUAGUAGUCGGCCCAGUCGUCUUCGUAAACAUCGCUCUCUGUGCCACUUUCCUUCCUGUCCCAGGCAUCCUCGAAUGACUUGCUCUCUUCGGCUGUCGGCCUGACGUUCCAGGGAUCGCCAAACAUGGAACCGCCCUCAGCCCUAGCCUUGCUAUCAAUCUCUUGCUGGAAUCGCUUCAGCACCUCUGGUGUAGGGAGAGCCGAGAGAGGUGUCGGAGGUGCAUCGGCAAUCGUCAACACCUUUUGGGUCGGGUGCGUGGCGCUGCUCGGAGAUCGAGGUGAUGGCGGUGGUGACAGCUGGUUGGCCUCUGGGUCGGAUGUG